AUGUCACAGAUCGAGUUCUUAACCCCUCUUCUCCUCUUCAUCCUCCCAUUCUUCUUCCUCUUUUUCUUCAUCAAAACCUGUCUCACUUGUAACUCGAGCAACAAAGAGCCAAGGUCCUACCCAGUGCUGGGCUCCAUACUCACUCUAUUGGCCAAUCGAGAGAGAAUAAACCAAUGGGUUGUAGAGCUUCUUCAUCAACACACACCCCAUGCAAAUGGAACCAUUAUCCUUCAUCUCUCCAUGGGCCUUCGCCAAGUCAUAACCACUAAUCCAGCUAACGUCGAACACAUCCUCAAGACCCAAUUCUACCUCUAUCCCAAAGGUGACUUCUUUAGACACACCCUCUCGGAUUUCCUUGGUAAUGGCAUAUUCAAUGUUGAUGGUGAGAACUGGAGGUUUCAAAGACAACUUUUCAGCCAUGAGUUCAACACCAAAUCACUCCGGAAGUUUGUUAAGACAGUAGUCGGAAAUGAGCUCUCCGAUUGCCUCCUUCCUCUUCUCUCUCAGGCCGCCGCCGAAAACACGGUGUUUGAUCUGCAAGACAUCCUCCAAAGGUUUGCAUUUGAUAACAUCUGCAAGAUUGCUUUUGGGUUCGACCCAGAAUGCCUAUCUCCAUCAUUCCCACAACCAAAAUCAGAAUUUGCUGAGGCUUUUGAAGAAGCUACACGAUUAAGUAGUGAGCGGUUCACUUCAAUGUUCACUCUAAUAUGGAAGCUAAAACGAGCACUCAAUAUUGGUUCAGAAAGACGGCUACGUUUAGCAAUUUCGCAGGUUCGAGAAUUCGCAACAAAGAUCAUCGAAGAAAAGAAACAAGAACACAAAGGGAAAGACCUCCUGUCAAGAAUCUUGAAUUCCGGUCAUUUAGAUGAAGGUUUUGUUACAGAUACGGUCAUCAGCUUUAUGUUAGCCGGUCGGGAUACAACAUCGGCGGCCUUGACAUGGUUCUUCUGGUUAGUUUCUUGUAACUCGCACGUAGAAGAGGAGAUAUUGAAGGAGAUAAUGGAUAAGCCAAAGAAUCUUUUUGAUUAUGACGAGGUGAAGGACAUGGUAUACACACAUGCAUCACUGUGUGAGAGCAUGAGAUUGUAUCCACCUAUACCAAGCGACACCAAGUUUGCAGUAAGCGACGAUGUCCUGCCAGACGGGACAGUUGUGAAGAAAGGAAUGGAAGUGACUUACCAUCCUUAUGCGAUGGGGAGGAUGGAGGUGCUGUGGGGGAAAAACUGGUCAGAGUUUUGGCCAGAGAGGUGGUUGGAGAGGGAGGAGAGCAUGGAAAAAUGGAGGUUUGUGGGGAGGGACCCAUACACAUACCCAGUGUUCCAAGCAGGGCCAAGAGUAUGCUUGGGGAAGGAAAUGGCUUUCUUGCAAAUGAAAAGCAUAGUUGCUGGGGUAAUGCGAGAGUAUCAGGUGGUACCUGCCGAGAUGGGGUUUGAGCCGGUCUUCACUUCUUUCCUGACCUCCAAAAUGAAAGGAGGGUUUCAUGUCACAAUUAAGAAGAGGAGCGUAGGCAGUGGCCAGUGAGUACCAUGUAUGGUUCAAGUAGGGGUUGGGCUACUCUGUAGUGCACUACGUAUAGCAGAUCCAAGGUUUGGGAGUCCUCAAGCAUGUUGCCCAAGACAUGGAUGUGCAGCACAAGGUGCUCCGGGCCCUUGAAUCUAUGCUACACGGCAUGUCACAUGACUGAAGAUCCCCAUCCUUCAAGUAAACAGUGGCCCCUAUAUGUAUCUGUAUUAAGAAUAGAAGAGAAAAAAGAAGAAGAAUUUAAGUCCAAUGUAAUCUCUUGUGGUGAGUGAAUCCCACUUUUGGGUUGGGUGAGUGUCCAUUUGAGUUUGAGGUCCUUUUGUAGUAAACGAGUCUCACUCUUGGCUGAGUGAGUUCCCAUUUGAGUUUGAGGUUCACUUGUCGUUGAGUGAGUUCCAUAUUUGUAUUGAAUAAGUGCCCAAAUUGCCCUAAAGUUAAGUAGGAACCCUUAAGUUAAGUGGUCUGCUCUGACUCUUGUCAUUUUGUACUUCGUUUUUUAUUUUUAGCAAUAAAACUCUUCUAUAUUUUUUAGUU